AUGGAACUGGUGUACAGGCACCACUCUCCUGUGCCCGGGAGGAUCGUUUCAGUAGACUUUGCCCAAAGAAACUUCGACAGCCCCGGGAGUAAAGGCGCAAAGGCUACCAAGGAUGACGGUCAGCAAGUGGCAAAGCAGAAGGCCCGCGUUCUGAAGGUCUUAGUCCGGCUGUGGCUGUACUGUUUCCUGCGGAACCACACGAACGAAAACUUCUUCUACAUGCGGGGAUACAUGGAUAUCAUCGACGACAUGAACGGGCGGGGUUUGGGAGCCUCCGACGUUUUCGUCACACUCCUCAGUCAGAAUCGGGACCUCGUCCGCAAAGUCAAGCCGGAGACUGUCACAAGGUUUCUGAAGUUCAUCCGGAUUCUUGGGCCCCUGGACACCUGGCUGCAUUUCCUCAAGGCCUUGUGCGAUCCGCAGAACGGUGGAGCUUUGAGCGAUAAGCAGCAGCUUGUCCUCUCCAAGAUUGCCUUCCCAGGCCUAUUGGCUCCUCAGCAAGAGAAGACGGCGGUGGAGCGCAACCGCGAGGAGCUCAUGAUCGCCCUUGCACUUGAAGGGCCGAUCGGAAAGCCGCUGGCGCGUCUCGGCCAAGUGGAUCCGAAGGACUGCUUGGGCACCCCGUUGCUCACUCACGGGAUUCACGACGUGGCUAUCGCAUGGACGCAUCCAGUAGCAUGGGAAGUUGGAAAGGUGCUGUACCACGGGCCCGAACAGCUGAACCUUCCAAUCCUGCGCACCAGCAGAGGUCGAAAGUGGGUCUCCUUGGCGCAAGUCGUCUGGGUUCUGCAACCCAAAGAGCUUUGUCAGGAAGUAACGGGCCAAAGCUGGACGACGGUCUUGCAGACAGAGGCGAAAGCGGUGAGCAGUGAUUGGCAGCAUGCAGGUUUGACGGGGAAGCCUCACAAAUCCAGGGAUGCGGGCAACCCUUUCGAUGUCUCUCGGAUCGACUUGCUCCGGAUGUUGGCCCGUUAUUGCCAGGCCCAGCUGCAGCUGGUAGCAUCCUUGGCCAAGGACCGGCAGAUGAACAGCAUCAUGGCGUUGCAGGAGGAAUAUUCCUACAAAGUUUGCUUGAGUGGUGCUGCGGACACCCGAUUGCCGUCGAGUAUCCGUGCGAGCUUCUUCGACCUCCUCAUGGCAUUGUGGGUGGAUAGGCAUCCACAUUACCAGGUGGUGGUGUCCGAUCCUGAGCUUUAUGGACUCCAAGGACAGAGCCCAGGGCCCAGGCAAUUCAAGCGCGAUGUUUGA